AGUUGCAGGCUGCACUACCGUUGGAAGCUGUUCGCCACAGGCUGUGGAUGAGGACGGAGGUCCGCGCGAACACAAGCUGCCCAGAAAACCAAUCAACAAAAGGACUUUGAAGUUGAGUUGAUGUUUCAUUUGGGAGCACUUCCCUCAACAUGAGGGUCCGUAUCUGACUUUGGAUUUUGAACACAGGCUGCCUUUUGCUAUAAGUUCAAUAUCCAUUUGCCAGCGUUUCGGCGAACAGAACUGGGCGCAAUUACGCACGGCGAGUACCAUGGCACCGAUUUUGGAUAGACGUGCUCCAGCUCUGCUCUUGGUUUGGAGCUACUGCGUAUUGGCGGAUACCGCUUUUACGAACUUUACUUUGGACAACGAGUUCCACUCCAGUUUCAUCCACCGUCGGCUGAAAAGCCAGGAGCGCAGAGAGAUGCAGCGGGAGAUCCUGUCGAUCCUGGGGCUGCCGCACCGGCCGCGACCCCACCUCCACGGAAAGCACAACGCUGCCCCGAUGUUUAUGUUGGACUUGUACAACGCCAUGUCCACAGAGGGCGACGAGGACAGAUACUCUUACCCGUACAAGCCCGUCUUCACCACCCAGGGGCCCCCAAUAGCCAGCCUGCAAGACAACAACUUCUUGAACGACGCAGACAUGGUCAUGAGCUUUGUCAAUUUGGUGGAGCACGAUAAGGAGUUCUUACCAGUGCGGCGGCAUCACCGAGAGUUCAGAUUUGACCUAUCACGGAUCCCGGAGGGUGAGGCGGUCACUGCUGCUGAGUUUCGUAUAUAUAAAGACUUCAUCCACGAACGUUUCGAUAAUGAGACCUUCCGCAUCAGCGUCUACCAGGUGUUGGAGGAACACUCUGAUAGGGAGUCAGACCUGUUUCUGCUGGACACUCGGGUGAUCUGGGCAGCAGAGGAGGGCUGGUUGGUGUUUGACGUGACAGCCACCAGUAACCACUGGGUCCUGAACCCUGGCAGGAACCUGGGUCUACAGCUUGCCCUGGAGAGCACAAACGGGGAGAGCAUCAAUCCUCGUGUGGCAGGGCUGAUUGGUCGCAGUGGGCCACAGAAUAAACAGCCCUUCAUGGUGGCCUUCUUUAAAGCCACUGAGGUGCACCUUCGAAGCAUCCGCUCAGCACAAGGGGGGGCCAAACAGCGUAACCCCAACCGCUCCAAAGGGACAAAGAGCCAAGAGGCACUGAGAGUGGCCAAUGUUGCAGAAAACAGCAGUACUGAUCAGAAGCAGGCCUGUAAGAAGCACGAGCUCUACGUCAGUUUCAGAGACUUGGGAUGGCAGGACUGGAUCAUCGCUCCUGAAGGAUAUGCGGCGUACUAUUGCGAGGGAGAGUGUGCCUUCCCGCUGAACUCCUACAUGAACGCCACAAACCAUGCCAUUGUGCAAACCCUUGUUCAUUUUAUUAACCCGGAGACGGUUCCCAAGCCUUGCUGUGCUCCCACACAGCUCCAUGCCAUCUCAGUGCUCUACUUCGAUGACAGCUCCAACGUCAUCCUCAAGAAAUACCGCAACAUGGUGGUCAGAGCUUGUGGCUGCCACUAGACUGUCAGCAUCUUUACAUAGAGACACACACAUAAUGCACACACACACAUGAGUAGAAAGGGCUUCUUCUUGCUGUCAGGCAGCAUUUGAAACAUUGAGAAUGGAGUACAAAAUGUACUACAUGUAUUUUAUGAACGUUCUGAGAGGUCAAGACAGUCUCCUGUAUGAAAGAUACUCUUGUUACAUUUUGUCCUGAAGUAAACCCGAUGUUGUGUGGCUCAACGGGGAUUUCAAUCCAUUUUAGACUCCUUGCCACAAGUGCACAGACACACACACACACACACACACACAAACAAAUAUGCACGCACAUACACCCACACCCACACACACACACACACACACACACACCACACACACACACACACACACACAAGAGCACUCAAGAGCAGCCGUGUCCACGGCAAACGGCGUUGGUCUGCCUCAGAUACCCUUCUCUCAACCGGAACUGUUGAAAGCCUCCUGGAUUACCUCAUGGCACCAAGCUAAUGAAGUAGCAGUAGAAACUUGGAAAUGCAUACAUAUACAUGCAUAAUUACACACACACACACACACACACACACACACACACACACACACACACACACACACACACUCUCACUUACGUUUGUGCUUUCUACUGUGCAUACAAGACAUUAAAAGCAGUGAUUGUACUGUAUAUUCAUUCACAGUCAACAACCUUUUGUUUAUUUCAAUAAUUGUUAUUGUAGUUGAUUCUUUUACUGUAGAUUUUAUUAUAUAAAUAUAUUUUUAUGACUAAGAGACCCGGAUGGAUGUUCUGAAUUUCUUCUAUGUACAAUACUGUGUAAAUACUUGUAAAACGUGUAUUUAUUUCCUAGAAUGUCACUUGGGUUUGUGUUUUCUCCUGUAUGUAAUGCUGCCUGUUUUCUUUCACACAACAGUACACACCAGUUGAGUUUAAACUCGAUAUGCCUCUCUCUGCCUCACAUGUACAUGAACGCUACACAGUGAUGGCGGAAGACAACUUAUGACAACUUGGACCUGUUUAAAUGUCGACAUAUUUCAUCAGUCAGAGCUGUUCCAUAUACAGUACCUAACGCACAGUUUUAUAGCAACAUUCAGAUGACCUGUCAGAGAGAGAGAGGGAGCUUUGCACGUGGAAUCUUGUUCUGUGUGCUAGACAUUUUCAGGUUUAUAUCCCUCUGCUGUAAUACAAUCUGUCAUAUUUAAAAGGUCUAUUUAUUGAGAGCUGGCUAAGAUGUUCUACAAUGUGCUCCGAUGUCUCAACCAUGUUUUACUGCUGAACUGGUACAACAAUAAACUGGGAGAAAAGCAAUAAAA